GCUGGAUUUUGUAUGGAUUUUUUGCAACCUUUGGGAGGACAGACCCCAUCAUCCACCCCUAGACCGCACUGAGCGACCGAAGCGGUUUGGGGAGGGGAAACGUCGCUAGAGGCUGCCGGCAGAGAUGGCCGAGAAUUGGAAGAACUGCUUCGAAGAGGAGCUCAUCUGCCCCAUUUGCCUGCACGUCUUCGUGGAGCCGGUCCAGCUGCCCUGCAAGCACAACUUCUGCCGGGGCUGCAUCGGGGAGGCGUGGGCCAAGGAGUCGGGCUUGGUGCGGUGCCCGGAGUGCAACCAGGCCUACAACCAGAAGCCCAACCUGGAGAAGAACCUGAAGCUCACCAACAUUGUGGAGAAGUUCAACUCGCUCAACCUGGAGAAGCCCCCCUCUGUCUUGCACUGUGUCUUUUGCCGCCGGGGUCCGCCACUGCCGGCCCAGAAGAUCUGUUUGAGGUGUGAGGCCCCAUGUUGCCAGUCCCAUGUCCAGACCCACCUGCAGCAACCCUCCACGGCCCGGGGGCAUCUCCUGGUGGAGGCGGACGAUGUGCGGGCCUGGAGCUGCCCCCAGCACAACGCCUACCGCCUGUACCACUGCGAGGCCGAGCAGGUGGCCGUCUGCCAGUUCUGCUGCUACUACAGCGGGGCCCACCAGGGACAUUCGGUCUGUGACGUGGAGAUCCGCCGCAAUGAGAUCAGGAAGAUGCUGAUGAAGCAGCAGGACCGCCUGGAGGAGCGGGAGCAGGACAUCGAAGAGCAGCUCUACAAGCUGGAAUCGGACAAGCGGCUGGUCGAGGAGAAGGUGAGCCAGCUGAAGGACGAAGUGCGCCUGCAGUAUGAGAAGAUGCACCAGAUCUUGGACGAGGACUUGCGGAAGACCAUGGAGAUCCUGGACAAGGCCCAGGCCAAGUUCUGCAAUGAGAACGCAGCCCAGGUCCUCCACCUCAACGAGCGCAUGCAGGAGGCGAAGAAGCUCCUCAGCUCUGUCCAGGUCAUGUUUGACAAAACCGAGGACAUCAACUUCAUGAAGAACACGAAGUCUGUGAAAAUCUUAAUGGACAGGACCCAGAACUGUACAGGUGGCAGCCUGCCUCCACCCAAAAUCGGCCACCUCAACUCCAAGCUCUUCCUGAACGAGAUCGCCAAGAAGGAGAAGCAGCUCAGGAAGUUGCUGGAAG